AUGGCUGAAGAAAACCAUACUGCGGUGCCUGAAUUCAUCCUCCUGGGGUUUUCUGACCUCAGGGCUCUGCAGGGCCCCCUGUUCUGGGUGGUGCUUCUCGUCUAUCUGGUCACCUUGCUGGGGAACUCCCUGAUCAUCCUCCUCACCCAGGCCAGCCCGGCCCUACACUCCCCCAUGUACUUCUUCCUCCGCCACCUAUCCAUCGUGGAACUCCUCUACACCAGCGACAUCGUGCCCAGGAUCCUGGCUGACCUGACCUCCCCACUCCCCCGGGCCAUCUCCUUCCAGGGCUGUGUCACCCAGAUGUAUAUCUUCAUCGUCCUGGGCAUCUCAGAGUGCUGCCUGCUUACCGCCAUGGCCUACGACCGCUACGCAGCCAUCUGCCGGCCCCUGCACUACUCCGUCCUCAUGAGCCAGCGGGCCUGCAUGGCCAUGGUGGGCACCUCGUGGCUCAUGGGUAUCAUCACAGCCACCACGCACUCCUCCCUCAUCUUCACCCUGCCUUUCCCCAGCCACCCAGUCAUCCCCCACUUCCUCUGUGACAUCCUGCCUGUGCUGAGGCUGGCGAGUCUUGGGAAGCACAGGAGCGAAAUCUCCGUGAUGACAGCCACUGUGGUCUUCAUCAUGGUCCCCUUCUCCCUGAUCAUCACCUCUUAUGCACGCAUCCUGGGGGCCAUCCUGGCCAUGGCUUCCACCCAGAGCCGCCGCAAGGUCUUCUCUACCUGCUCCUCUCACCUGCUCGUGGUCUCCCUCUUCUUUGGGACAGCCAGCAUCACCUACAUUCGGCCCCGGGCAGGUUCCUCUGUCACCACAGAUCGUAUCCUCAGUCUCUUCUACACAGUCAUCACACCCAUGCUCAACCCCAUCAUCUACACCCUCCGGAACAAGGAGGUGACUGGGGCCCUGCAGCACAUGAUGAAGAGACACGUCCCAUCCCCCUGA